AUGGCGGCGGCCUAUGUUUUGAUGAGAAAUAGGCAGUUCAUCAGGCGUGAGCGUGUUUUCAGGGACAGAAACAACCCACUAGACUAUAUGGACGAUUGUGACAUCUUAGACAAGUUUCGUUUACCACGACAUGUUAUCUUUGAUCUCUGUAAUGAACUCAGUGAUCGUAUAGAACACCCAACCAACAGAUCUCAUGCCAUACCAACUUCAUUGCAAGUUAUGGUAACUCUUCGCUUUUAUGCAAGUGGGAGUUUUCAAACUGUUUGCGCAGAUCUUCAUGGUAUUGGUAAAGCAAGUGUAUCCAGAAUCGUUAACGCAGUUUCGACAGCUCUAGUCGCUGUAAGUAAUGCCUACAUUAGAUUUCCCCUUACUGACAGAGACAUAAACAAUACCAUACUCGGCUUUGCACAUAUAUGUAAUUUUCCAAAUGUAAUAGGAGCAAUAGACGGGACACAUAUUCCUUUUAAAGCACCUUCAACUGAUGAGUACUUGUUUGUGAAUAGAAAGAACUUUCACUCACUAAGUGUCGUGGCAGUAUGUGAUUCCAAUUUACAAUUUUUGAAUUUGAUAGCUAAAUGGCCUGGUUCAUCACAUGACGCAUUUGUGUGGUCCAAUUCUGUGCUGUGUCAAAUGUUCGAUAUUGGUAAUAUUGCCAGAGGUUGGUUAGUUGGUGACAGUGCCUACCCCUUAAGGAAAUAUUUACUGACACCCAUGUUAAAUCCAAGUAACCCUCAGCAAGUGGCGUACAAUGAAGCCCAUGCAAAAACCAGAGCCCCCGUUGAGCGAUCGAUUGGUGUUUUGAAAAUGAGAUUCAGGUGCGUUGAUCAUUCCGGAGGGACCCUUCUAUUCCGACCUGAGAGAGCAUGUCGGAUUGUGACGGCCUGUGUUGUGCUACAUAACAUUUGCACAAAGAACAAUGUUCCUGUUCCCAGAAACAGAAAUCAGCAUCGGUUCAUUCAACAACAAGACAAUGUUGUUUACCAAGGAAUAAACAAUGACGGUGCUGAAGUUAGAAGAAGAUUAAUUCAAACUCGAUUCUGA